GCCGAGCUCAGCCACGCCCGCGGCCCGCGGCCGCCAUGCAGUUUAUGUUGCUUUUUAGUCGUCAGGGAAAGCUUCGACUGCAGAAAUGGUAUGUCCCACUAUCAGACAAAGAGAAGAAAAAGAUUACAAGAGAACUUGUUCAAACCGUUUUAGCACGGAAACCUAAAAUGUGCAGCUUUCUUGAGUGGCGAGAUCUGAAGAUUGUUUACAAAAGAUAUGCUAGUCUGUAUUUUUGCUGUGCUAUCGAGGAUCAGGACAAUGAGCUAAUUACCCUGGAAAUAAUUCAUCGUUACGUGGAAUUACUUGACAAGUACUUUGGCAGUGUAUGUGAACUUGAUAUCAUCUUUAAUUUUGAGAAGGCUUAUUUUAUUUUGGAUGAGUUUCUUUUGGGAGGGGAAGUUCAGGAAACAUCCAAGAAAAAUGUCCUUAAAGCAAUUGAGCAGGCUGAUCUACUGCAGGAGCCACGUCAUGAAUAUUUUAAUGUCCCUGUGUACUAAAUGACUACUCGUCGUGUAUGCAGAAUUUCACAGAGGAAAUAGAGAGCUGAUAUACUUAUGAAAGAAAAUGUCCUCAGCUUGGUGACUAUCUUAUAUAAUAGAGCAUUUCAGAACCAAUACCUUUACAAUUGUAAUUGUUUUUCCUGACUCGCUUUUCUUUUGUUUUAUUUUCGUUCUAUAUGUGAUCUUGAUGUAGUUUAUUCCUGCUCGCAAACUCGUUUGAUUUCUUGAGAUAUGACCUAUGAAUGUUUUGUGUAGUAUUUCAUCUUACAUACAUACAUGUCCUCAUUUACGAACCAUCUAUGAUUAAAGUCUCGUAAGAGGAAAAUUUAGCCAUCGUUAAAAUGUUCACCAAAGAAAACAGUGGAAGUGCUAUGGCAGAAUGAGCAGUGCAGUGACCUAGCGCAGGGCUUGGUAUUCACGUGUUCUGGGAGAAAAGAAGUUCUAUUUAGGGACUAUGAUACAGCCUAUAUGAGCCAACAUAUUCUAAUGUAUCACAGAAAAGAGUAUUUGGAAAUACUUCCAAAAAGUAAAAUCUAUACUGUUACGUAGUAUUUAAGGGUCAAACAUUCCCAGUUCUUAAGUUCGUGAUGCCACCUGGAUUCACUCACAUUUGUGCUGGCCAGUAUUGGCCAGUCCCUCGAAGAGUGAUCAGAAAGCUGUGUCAGAAGUCUCUGCGACAGUAUCUCUCUUUGAUAGGAAGUAACAUUUUCAAAACGUUCAUACUGACCUGGUUUAUAUAGUUAAAAUUCUGAUACUCUACUCGAAUACUAAUAUUUUACUAGUUAUGGUUUUAUAGUAUAUAGUAAGUCUUCCUUUAAAUACUUAAUGAUUUGUUAACUGUGGUUUUAUAUUAAGACUUUCAAUAUUGAUCGUUAUUGUGUAUACUUUUAAUAAAACAUGCAACUUAAUUACAAAAGGAGAAGUACCAAGUAACUCAUUGUUUAUAGCUAGAGAGUUUAAAGCCUAAAAGUAAGUUAUCAUUAAACAAAUUCAGAAGCAGCUCCAACAGGCUUACCACUGAAGGAAGACCUAUGAAAAUGUAGAGCAGGCAGGCGCGCAGAGCAGCGCUUUCCAUUCGCUAUGUCCUGCGUUACAUUUGAAGCAUCUGGAUGGGCUGUCAAAUGAGAAACGUAGCUGAAAGCAUUGGGAAACAUUGGUCUUCCAUUUCCAUUUUUUCCCUCUGUCCCUCUCCCCACCCUGCAAGAUGUUACUCCUCUGGUUUUAAUGCUGAAUACGCAUUGUCCCUGCCAGUGUGCUCUGGAUGCCGUGUGCUGCGCUGUAACAAGAGGUUGCCUCCUUUGUUAUUUGUAUACAGCUGCUUGCUUUCCAUUCAUAGAUUCUGAAAUCGCUUUUCUUGCACGUCUAAAAUAAAAGUAUUGCAUGUACUUUGUCUCAUGUGAAUGACUUCUUUCUUCUCCAUCCCUUUGGACAAAUAAUAUAUAUUUUGGUUUUUCCAGGUAAUUUCAUUAAAUCGUGUAAAAAAAAAACCUAAAGUGGUUAAGCUGGCAAGUUCUGUUAAGUGUACAGCUCAGUACUGUUAAGUAUAUCCACAGUGUUGUGCAUCUGACUUCCAGAAAUGUUUCCUCCUAUGAAACCGAAACUGUAUCCAUUAAACAACUCUCCAUUUCCCGUCCCCUUAGCCCUUGGUAACCACCAUUCUACUUUGUUUGUAGGACUGUGACUACUUUAGCUACAAGUUCUUCUAGGUAAUUUUGAGCCACAAUUUCAAUGUUAACAUGGGAAAAUAACAUUUUAUACUAUGGGCACAAUUUGUGAAAGAAACUAAUGUACUAUUCGUACAAGUCUCAAGGAGUAAAAUGUAUAAAUGAUUCCUUUAAGCCAGCCCUUUUAGAAAGGACACAUUUUAAAUAAUGCAUAUUUGAUAAGUAACAUGGUUCUCUUCCUGAAAUGCUAUACAGGACUGCAGGCAGCGAGCACAGAAGGGAAAUCGUACCAGCCCCAGCGAAUAGAACGGGAGACAUUUUUACAUGGAUAAGCGAAGAAUGUUAGCCGUGUAGAGUUCAGUGUAGGCGUCUUUUAAGAAAUGCAGUAAAGGCCGUAUGGUGUUUUUAAGAACUAUUUAACAUUAUCUAGGAACAAGGAGGGGGGUUAGGAGCACUGACCCUCCCAAGCAGUUGAAAACCCACAUACAACAUUUGACUCUCCACAAACUUCAUAGCCUACUGUUGACUGGAAGCCUCACCAAUAACCUCAACAUUCCAGUAACACAGCUUCAGUGUACGUACUGUGCACUGUAUUCCUGUAGUAAAGUACGCUGGAGCAAAAAUGCUAAGAAAAUCCCUAAGGACAAUACACUUACAUACUGCACGGUAAAAAAUCUCCAUAUAAAUGGAACCGUACAGUUCAAAUCCGUGUUGUUUGAGGGUUAAAUGCAAAUGAUUAUUUUUGAAUCAUUUCAUUUAUUUAUGAUAUAUGUGAUUCAUGGUCUACAUUCUUCGGAGUGUUGCAUCUUUUCCAUUAGACUUUCUUUAAAAAUGAUCAUGAAAACUCAGACAUGCUAGAAGGAACCUCCAUGUGCACACCCCUCAGCUUCAGCACCCUCAACUCAGUACUCCUAGUAAUAACGCCU